AUGCCAAGUGCUCGUACCUGGCCCAGUGAUAAAGCGCCUACUUUCAAUGAGGAAUUCAUGACGAGUACUUCUUCUACGGGAAACUGGGGGACAGAGGAUGAGCCAAUAGAGGAGCAAGGGAUGUGGGGCUGGAUCGGAGAUGGAGUGACAAGAGUUGCUAGUGUAGCCAGGGGAAUGAUGGGGUUAUCUAUUGGGAAUGGUGAAGACCAGAAUGCAACCCCGGUAAGAACAGGAGAGAAUAUCACCCAGGGUAGUGAUCGCAAGGGAAGCAAGAGACCUGCUGAAGAAGAGUUCACAAACGAGACAGAAACAAGCAGGAGGAAGAAGCGGGUUUCCCACGGGGGAGGAGGUUAUGGGACAUCCCGUAGAAGUGGUCGAUAA